AUGAGUUCGGUGGGACAUUUGGUUCGCUGCUUCCUGCGAAAAAUUCGUUGGUAUUCGAGCGCUGUCGCUCCAAAUCUUUCGACCGUUAUGGACCGGAAGAUAGAGUGUUUUCAAUAUCAACAGGAACCAUUCGUCUUGGAAUAUUAUGAAUGGUAUCGAAGUAAGAAGAUGCAAUCCGUCAAAACAGUUUUGGACAUCAGGACUGAUAAUCGUAACCUUAUCGUACGAUUCACACAAGAGUUGGGCGCGAACAGUCCAAGUGCAGAUGCGAUUGUUCGCAGGACAAAACCGUUCUGA